AAUUCGCAUAGUAAUUAAAUAAAAAAAAUUAAUAAGCACAGAUCAACUGUCAACGUCCUCAUUAGAAGUGCGUUUAGUAUUAACACGCCAACAGAAUGGUUCAAGAAAAAUUCAACCAUAAGUGGCAGCUGCUGCUGACGGCGCUGCUGCUGGUCGCGUGCCUCUCGAUCUGCGUCCAGGGCCGACCGUCGCCGGACGCUGACGUUGGGCCUGGUGCUGCGGCACAGCUGCUGGUGGACCCCAGCGAAUAUCCCGGCAAUCUGCCGCCGGAGACCAUUCUGAAGGUGCAACAGUGCGAAAAGGACCAGACAACCAUGGAGCUGUGCAUGCGCUGCGCCAAGGUGACCAAAUCGGAGAUCAUCUAUCCCAUGUGCUGCAACAACGACGAUAGCGUCAAGGACUGGUGCCACGACUAUGUGUAUUAUGGCGACGACGAGAGCUACUAGCUGCUGGCGAGGAUGGCCCCAGAUGAGGUCGUUGUCUCUUAGGAUACUUACUUGCUGAAAUCUAAUAAAAUUCCUUGUAUCCUGCAAACACUGCGGGUCUAUUGGCUGUGAUAUUUAAGGCAAUAUUAAUGUUUAUACUUACACAAAACUACUUAUAACUAGAAAUAAAUAACCUUUGCGCUU